CCUCCUGGCUGGUGUCACAGUCGGAACUCUGACAAGCCAGCCAGCAGCCCCGCCGCAGCAGAGCCCUCCGGAGAGCGUGGGAGCCAGCGCCCUGCCCCAGAGAGUAGGACAAAGAUGGCCAAGAAUGUCUGGGAACCAGUGGGCCUGGGCCUAGCCCUUCUCCUCCUGGCGCUGGAGACCACUGUGACAGGCAGUGCUUCCCACAACUGCUAUGGGACCCCUGGGCUACCUGGCACGCCUGGCAUGCCUGGCAAGGAUGGCAGAGAUGGUCUGAAAGGAGUCAAAGGCGAACCAGGCAUUCUGGCCAUUCCUGGAACCCGAGGGCCCAAGGGGGAGAAAGGAGACCCCGGCAUUCCCGGCCUGCCAGGAAAAAAUGGUCCCAUGGGUCCCCCUGGCACCCGGGGAGAGCCGGGCGAGUACGGUCAGCCUGGGGGCCCCGGCCUGCCAGGCAAUUACAAGCAGAAGCACCAGUCGGCCUUCUCAGUAAUGAGGCAGACCGGGCAGUACCCGGACAAGAAUGCCCCUGUGGUGUUCAACCACGCCAUCACCAACCUCAGCGAGGACUACAACACCACCUCUGGCAAGUUCACCUGCCGCGUGCCUGGCCUCUACUACUUCGUCUUCCACACCUCCCAGACCGCCAACCUCUGUGUCAACAUGUACAAGAACAGGCAGAAGGUGGCCAGCUUCUGCGACCACAUGUCCAACAUCAAGCAGGUCAGCUCCGGGGGCCUCCUGCUGCGCAUGGAUGCCGGGCACCAGCUCUGGCUGGCAGUCAAUGACUACAACGGCAUGGUGGGCAUUGCUGGCUCCGACAGUGUCUUUUCCGGAUUCCUGCUCUUCCCAGACUAGGCAGGCCAGCCCAGCCCUGCCCGCGCCAGCUGAUCCCAGCCUCUCUCUGCCCUCUAAUGUGCAUGCUGGCUCUCGCCCUGCAUCGCAGCGCCUCACAGUGGGGCACAAGGGAAUGGCAGCCCUGGGGCGCUCUCCACAGGCCCUCUGAUUCUCCAAAAGCUGCUUGCAUCAGCUUGCUUAGGGCUGGGGCAGAGCCUGUUGGCUGCAGUCCUGCCCCUGUCAGGUCCCAGUAGCCACCCAGACGCCACCCAAAAGCUAACCAGGGCCAAGCGGUUUUUCACAUGUGUUUUUGAGGCAGAGUCACCAAGUGUAAGGGAAGGGGGUUGUCUGGCUGCGUCCCCGCCUGGCCAUUGUCCCCGCUGUCCCCAGCCACUCUGUGCUCCCUACACAGUACAGGGUCUAGCUGCUGCAUGCACUAACCCCCACUGCUUCACGCUGCUCACACCCAGAGGGCCAAAGCCAGCCCUGGGGUCUCCCUACUGCCCCCAGCAAGUCGUGCCAGGGACGGGCUUGUCCCAGAAAAUCUGGAAAGGGAACUUGGCCGUGAACUUGUCGAAAAUGUCAAUAAAUCCUCACUCUGUGGCACGGGG